GUGCCGACAUCGCAUCAGUCGCAAAGUAAAAGUGAUUGGGAAUUGAGUUUCGCUAAUAAAUUCAUAGUUUUAUUAAUAUUACAAGGAUGACCGAUUACAAGCUAAUAAUUAUUAGCGUUACAUUUUUAUUGAUUUCAAUCGUUUCGACGGAAGCAAAUGAAAGUCUUUGUAACAAAACUGUAACUGAAACCAAAUACAGAGAUGAAAUUGAGGAAUAUACGACGCUGGAAAUGGUCGAUGUCAAGUGCAAACGGACCUUCUCGAAUCUUUUCAAGAAGAAAAAUUGUCCGGAAUUGAGAAAUGUGACAAAGGAAAGGACAAUUCAAGUGCCUUAUGAAGUGACAAAAGUGGUCAAAAUUUGUUGUUCCGGAUAUGAACGAAAGGGCAGAAUUUGUGUUCCCGUGUGCCAACGAGUGUGUGAAAACGCAAAAUGUACAGGGCCGGAUACUUGCACGUGUAAAGAGGGUUACAAGCAUUUCAGCCCUUAUCGAUGUGUACCCGCUUGUGAAAAUUGCGUUCAUGGUCAUUGUAUUGCUCCGGGAGUGUGUGAUUGUUACAGAGGGUAUCAACAAAUUGAUGGAGUAUGUCAACCAAUUUGUGAUCCCCCAUGCAAAACUGGAGUCUGCACGGAACCAAAUGUCUGUGAUUCGAACAUUGAAGCCAGCUCAACGACCGAAAAACAAGCCGACAUUGAAUAUUCAGGCGAAAUUACUCCUCCUCACUCUUAUGAGGAUCAUUCAGAAGACUAUGACGAUCAUUCUGAAGCAAAUUCGGCAACUUUUGACGAUUACAGUGACGAAAUCAUCAAAGAAACGCCCCUCAUAUCGUCUGAAAUGCCAAAAAUCGAAGCUACAACUCCUAAAAUCCAAUUCUCAUCGCCUUCGAAUCCAUGUCCCGAAGGUCUCGCGCUCGACAGUCACGGCGAAUGUCGUUUGCAAUGCGAGAUCGAUUGUCAAUUCGGCACCCAUGACGACGGAAAAUGUCUUUGCAACGAAGGUUUCCGUAAUUCUCCCGUCAAUCCGUGCGUUUGCGAGCCGCAUUGCGAUCACGAAUGCUACAACGGACUUUGUACCGGCAACAAUACGUGCUUGUGCGACGAAGGAUACAAUUUGAAUCCGGAAGACAAAUUCACCUGUUUGGACAGCAAUACGUGUCAUUGCAUCAAUGGCGAUUGUGAGGAUGAAGAUAACUGCGAUUGUUGGAGUGGCUACAAAUUGGAGUACAGUGAGCGGAAUUAUCAUCGAUGUGCGCCGUUGUGUGGCGAUACGAAGAAUCCCGAAGGUUGUGUCAAUGGCGAUUGUAUUGCGCCGUUUUUGUGUCAGUGCAAGGAAGGGUUUAUCAAAGGACCGGUGAAUAAUUUUACUUGUUAUGCUGAUAUGGAAUGCGGGGAAUGCAUCUCGAAGGGACUGAAUUGCUUGCCAGCGUGUUAUACGACAACAACGACAUCAACGACGACAACAACAACGACUGAAGCAAGCACAACUGAACAUGAUUGGAUCACUUCGUCAGAUUAUGAAGACGAAAAUUAUCGAUGGAUGGACAGAAUUAAUUCAACUUGGAACGAAACUAACUACGAAUAUGAAGAGGAACCUUAUCCAAUCUACAAUAACAACUUACUCACAUUGUAUUCAUCAAUGUUGAUCGGAUUUCUUCUCAUCAUCAUUGGAAUAGCCCUUCUUCUGAGACGUCUCAAUAAACCAGUUGACUACGAUGUCAAUCAACGAGAACACUCGGAAAACAACGUUUAUUUCAUCAAACGACAAGAUGACAUCAAGUUAGAAAUCUAAAAAAUUUUCCAUUAAAAUCCAUUAGUUGUAGAAAAUACCGCCAUAUAGCUUAGACUGAAAUACAAUUUUUUUUACAAGAAAAACGAUUUCUGAAGGAA